AUGUCGUUUUUCGGCUUCGACACGACCCUCCCCAGGGAUAGAGCUUCUCAGGGUGGAAAUCGGGGCAUUUUCGACACUCCUGACCCUUUCGCUGAGGUUGCCCGCGCCAAAGCACAGGCGCAGCUUGCCGAAGACGACGACGUCCUUGAUUUUGAGGAUACCUACGAUGGCUUAGGAGACCGCCUUGACGAUGAUCAAGAUGCCUUCAACGAAGAUACCUUUGGCGACGUCGAAACCGGGCCCGUCGGUAAGGACUUUGACUUUUUUGGUAAGACUGCGCAAGUUGCAGAUGCCAUCGGAGAGGAGCAAGUCCGUUACAACCUCAACGCUCCCCGAGCCCCCGUCGCAGCUCCUGUCACCGAAACCAAGACGACGGCUGUCGCUAGUACCACUUUGUUACAGCAGCCAAAACGAACUGGAUACGAGAAGUACAAUGACCCGGGUUACAUUCCGGACCUUCAGGCGAAGUCUAGCGUUUGGGGCUUGCCCAAGAAGUCGGAACCCGCCCUUCAGGCCGUAUCGCAGCCGCCGAAGAUGAUGAGCCUCGAGGAGGUGGAAGCGCAGCUUCGCGGCCAUGGUGUUGCGCCGAUACCGAGCGGGCUUCAGAUGCCCUUGCCGCCGCAUGUCUCUGAGCCACCUCAUCUCCAGAGGCCCCCGCACGUUCACGGCAUUCCGGAGGGCUUCCAGCAAUUGCCACCCGAGUUCUUGCAAGCGCAGUUCGCCAGAGGCGUGCCACCACAGAUGUUGCAUCCUCAGACAAUGGCCCCAGAGCAGUUUCCUCAUCCCGCUCAUGCGCCUAACCUUCCGCUCCACCCUCUCCAGACUCCCAAUGCGCCUCCCCCGCCGCAUAUGGUGCCUCCUCCCCAACCUCAAGCAAUCCCGCCACGUGCUCCGCAUGCUCAACAGCAUCCUCCACAACAACCCCAGCAGCAUGCCCAGCAGCAUAGCCGUGGACCUAGCGCGCAGCUUCCGUUGAUCACGAAUCCGCAGCAGUUGAUGAAUCUCACAGAAGAGCAGCGUAUGGCGUACCUCCUCGAAGAUGCAAAGCGUGCAAAGCGAAACCACAAGAUCUUCCUUCUAUCCAAGGGUAACGGAUUGAUGACCCCUCAAGACAAGAAUUUCAUUACCCGUAUCCAAUUACAACAGUUAGUGGCAGCUGCUGGAAAUGUUGCAGAUAAUGAUUCUGAAGCCGUUUUGGCAGAAGAUUUCUAUUAUCAGGUGUACAGCCAGAUUCGAGGUGCUCCCCGGCAGCACCCCCAUCAGCCCCUCGGCCACUUUGCGCAAACUUAUCUACUCCAGACGGGCAAUCGCCUCGGAGGCCAUGGGUCUCGGAAGCACAAUCAGAGCGCUGAUAACCAUAUGCAGCGAAUGCAGCAGCAGGUUCAGCGUGCGGUGGAGGCUGCCAAAGCGAAGCCGAAGAAUAAGCAGCUUAUUAUUGAGGGCAGUUUAGGAAAGAUCUCGUUCGGAAAUGCCAAGGCGCCGAAGCCUUCGCUCAACAUCAAACGUCCCGAAAGCUCAGAAGGCGGCAAGGCUACUAAAAAGCCACAUGCCGAUCUCAGCUUGAGCGACCACAAAUCUAUCUUGACGAACAUUGAGGGUGUAUAUAAUACCCUCAUGGAGCUAGAGGAUAUGGAGCGCACGAUGCCUCCCCCGCCUAAUGAGGAUGACUCUGAGGCCAUUCAGAAACACUUGGAGUGGCGCCAAAAAGUUCGCUCACUCAACCAGAAGUUAUGGCAGGGACUAAAAGUCAUGGAGCCCAUCGUACCCAAUUCCACUACACCCCAUCCGUUCAUCGCUUUCCUCUCCUACCCAAAGGGCAAGAAAGCAAUUCCACGCAUAUUCCGUCAUAUUGAUCAAGAACAGCGGGUUACUAUCCUUACCAUGAUUGUUGUUCAUUUGGACACUUUGGACGUUGUUCGCCGAGCCCAUCCCGUACCCGGAGAGACCCAGCCCGCUCUACCCGUGAGAGAAGCUAUUGAUCUCUUUUCACAAGCUGUCCUGCCAAGCCUUUUGGGCUAUGUCAGCGAAGCUCCUUUCAACAUCAUUAUUGGUCUUCUCGGACUGGUCAUUGCUCAGACACAUGUGCAAUUUGUUGCCAAGACUAAGAUUGGUCUGGGAAUUUUGACGAUGCUUCUCAGUCGCGCAGAAAUCGUCAAGGAAGCUGGGCAAGCAAGCGAACGCGACUGGCAACAAUGGGUUGAGAAGUUUAAUGUUCUCUUCGACACCCUUGAGCCUAUCUUUAGCGAUAUUUUCCCUGGAUCCAUCAACACCGGUGACGAUAUGUAUGUCUGGCAAUUCUUGGCAGCUACGGGGAUUGGAGCAAGCCCAGAGCAACAGCAACGUUUGGUCAUCGCCGUCAAGGAUCGCGUAAUGGAGACCGUAACACACAGCAAGACGCUUCCUGCUGACAUGGCCAGCCAGCGACUUGGAAAUGUCAACCUUUUCAUGCGCGCUAUUGGCCUGGAUGUUGAGCUUCUCGGUUAA